AUGUUAGUCAAAAAAACUCAUGUUCAAAACAAUUUAGAGAAGAGGUUAUGUAUAACAACAACUGAUCUUUCCCAACUACUUAAUCAUGUUCUUAAACUUGAUCGUCUUAGACGAAUUCUUGAUAUAAUACCAACUAUUAAAAAUUAUCUACGUUUACAUCCAAUCAAUACAUUCAAUGCAGUUAAAGCAUUGAAACUUGAAUUUGAUUUUAAUCAUUAUGAUAUGAAAUUUUUAGGUGAUUUAAAAUUAUUAAGUGAUACAUGGUAUAAACGAUAUUUGUUAUCACGAACCAGUGAAACGGAUGCGAAUAUUUCAGAACUAAUUAAUGAUGAUGAUCAAGAACAAGAAGAUCGACGUGAAUUUAAAUUUCGUUCAAGUUUAGAUGAAGAUUUUGAUUUUAAUGAAUUUAUGAAAAAUGAAGAAUCACAAUUAAAUAUCAAUGAACAACGUAAACAAAUUUAUCUAGAACAAAUUAAAAAACGAAAAGAUCAAAUCGAUCUAUAUAAAUCAAAAACAUCUAUUGAUGAUGAUAAUCUUCAAUUAAUACUUAAUCUAGAUGAUUUUCAUAAACAAGAUGAGAGAAAAGAUCAACUACGUGUUAUUGAACAAGUCUUUCCUGAUGCUUCAACACUCGAAUCUCAACUUUUACUUCCUUUUAUUUCCGAUGAUCAAAAACGAUUAUUUAUGCAACUGGAUUUUGCUAAAGAAGAAAAUAUUGAAGAUUAUCAUAGAUUAUAUCAUUCAGAAGACAAAGUAGAUUCGAAGAAGAUACUAAAUGAUACAAUAAACAAAGAACUUGAACAACCCAUAUUACCUUUAGAUGAGAAAUCAAUUUCUAAAGAAUCAGAAAAAGAUAUAGAAAUUGAACAACAAAAAAUUUAUAUUGACAAUCAAUCAUCAAUAGAUUUUGAGAGUAAACAAUCUGUACAAAAACAAUUGAAGGACACACAACAAAUUAGUAUACAACCAUUAUUAGAAAUUAGAAAAUCAUCUGACUUAUUGAAUAAUAUACCAGAAGAUGAAGAAGAUAAAACAAAAUUAGAGUCCGUAACCAUUAAAAAAGAUAUUCUUGUUGAAAAAGAAGAAGAACAUCAGCAUAUGACAGAUGAAUUUCUCGCACAACCUUCUAUUUCAUUUGCUGAUGAAAAAGUUCCAUUAUCAAUUGAAGAUUUACACUCACAAUCAACAUCAACUAUAUUAUCGAAUGCUACUAAAGAUCUUAGUACUUCUCUAAACGAAUUGGUUCAACAAAUGACAAAUGAUGAACAAAUAUCAUUAAAAAGAAAUCUUAAACUCAUUCGUGACAAUAUCGAACAUUGGCUUCAAACUACUUUACAAUACAAUACAUUAAUGAAUCCAAUCGAUAAUCCACAUCGAUCUAUAGAUGAAAAUGAAUUUCAUACAAAUCAAUUGAUCACCUAUUUUCAUAAUGAAUUCGAUCAAUUUUCUAAACAUAUUUCUUCAAAUUCUUUAAAUUUUUCAAAACUAAAAACUAUUUUUCAACAACGAAUAAAUCAUAUAGAAAAUAUUCUAAAAGAAAUAAAAAAUCAUCAAGAUAUAAUUCAGCAAGUUGAUAAACAAACCAUUGAAAUCGAUCAAAUGAUUAAUGAGACAAAAUCAAAAUUUGAAAUCGAAAAUUUAAAUAAUAAAUUUAAUAAAUAUAAAGAAGAUUUUAUUGAAUUGAAACAACAAGAAGAUUUUCAAAUUCAACCUAUAUUACGAACACAACUUGAAUUAGCUAUUCGUACAAUUGAUACUGAUUUAUACCUAAUAGAACAAAUACUCGAACAAAAAACUGUAACCGAUAUUAUUCCAAUAACAUCAUUGAUUACAACAAACAUAGUGCAACAACUUAUUCCAUUGAAAACUUAUGAAAAUAUUACAAACAUCCGAGAUAAUUUAUCAAAAAUAGCAUCAGAUAUUAAAGCAUACGAAACAACACUUGAGAAAGAACGAGUAGUACACGAUUUACUAGGAAUAGAUAUGAUUGAACGUCUUCAAGUCAUUAAACAGGAAUAUUUAGAACAGAAAAUGAAUGAAGAAAAAAUUCAUGAUAUAAAGAUUAAUAUCGACAAAGCUCUUGAACUUGAUCAAGAACAAAUAGAAUUUAUGGAUCAGUUUAAAGAAAUUCAUCAACAGUUAGAUAUACAAUCGAAUAAAAUUCAAGAAAACUUAUUUAACAUCCAUACUGCUCGUGAUAAUUCAAACCAUCCAAAUUUUUCAUUAGAUAUUAAAUUGAAAUAUUUGCCAAUUGAUACUUGUGGAAUUUUAAUGAAACAAUCAUUAUAUCUUGUUGAUGAGCAAAACAUGCCUCUUUCAGAUAAACUUCAUCUCAUUCGAUUACCAAAUGAAUUUGAUCGAUUUCAAAUAUCCAAUGAUAAUUACGAAUUAAUUAUUAUUGAUAAUAAUAAUAUACCAUUAUCCGAUCCUAUUACUUUUAAAAAAUUAACAUCUGAAUUAAUUCAAUUUGAAUAUAUUAAUAAUGAUCAACGAACUAUUCAAAUAUCAUCACAUGAUUCAAUAGAUAGAUCCAUUAUGCUUAAUGUAAAACUACUGUCUUUUGAUCAAUCUCCAACAAGUUAUGCCUUAUUUGUUGUUGAUAAAAAUGAUUAUCCACUUUCAAAACCAAUUCAACUAACUGAGCCCACUGAUUCGCUAUUGAAUAUUUCUGAACUUAAACUUUCUACGUUUUUAUACGAUGAAAAAAUGAAUGAAAAAGUACUUUUAACGCCUGAACAAUAUUUAAUCAGUAUACAACAAUCUGAAUUUACAUCAAGAAGAUUCCUUACAUAUAUUGCUUCGAAAAAUAAUCAACUCUUAUCUGAGCCUAUUGAUAUCUCAGAUAUUGCAAUUCAAAAAAAACAUGCAAUUGAAAAUAUACUCUCGAAAAAAUUGAUUAUAUUUGAUAAAGAACGUCAUAAAUUAUUUGAUCAUUUGAAUUUCAAUGAAACUAAAAAUGAAUUUUUAAAAAUUAUACUCAAUGAAUAUGACCUCAUGAAUGGUUAUGUACAAGAUCGACUUGAUAAAUUAAAAAUUGAAGAAAAAAUCAUUGAACAAAUUGUACCUAUUCUAGACGAACAAUAUAAUAAUAUUUCAAUAGAUCAAAUAGAAUAUAAACAAGAACAAUCGAAUAUGGAUAAUCUUGUUAAUACAAUGAAAUCAAUUGUACAAUUAGAUGAAAAAUUAACUGAAUUACGAAAGACGAAAACUUUUGAAAUAUCAGAUAUUGAGAAACUUGAAAGUAAUCUUAUUCAUCAAUUAAUUCAAGUUUCAAAUCAACUUGAUGAUUUAUCAAUUAUUAAACAAGUUGAAAAUUUAACUAAUCAUUUUCAAGAUACUCAACUUCUUACCGAACUUCGACCUAUUAUUCUCUCUGGUAUUAAAAAUCGUGCUAAAACAAUUCAGAAAAAAUGUGAAACAUUAUUAAUAAAUAUACAUAAAAAAUCUAAUCAAUUAAAACAACCAGAACAAAUUCGAUUUGAAUAUAUUCAAUAUUUAACUAAACAAUUGAAUGAACAAAUAGAAUACGAAAAUGAUGUUGAACAUUUCCAAAACAAAGUCGAACGAAUGCAAUACGAAUUUUAUCAAAAAAUUGCUGAUUCAUUAGAAACAAUAGACCUUGAAGAUCUUGAUAAUGAAAUAAAACAUAAAUACAACAUAAAACAAAUUCAAAUUCCGGAUUAUCUUGAAAGUAGAAAUGAAAAGUUAAUUUAUAAAUUUAAUCUUAUUCUUCGAUAUCUUCAUGAUAAAUUUAAAAUGAUUGAACAAUAUAAAAAUGAUUUAUUAAAUGAAAUGAAACGAUUUCUUAUUGAAUCAAUUGAUAAUGAAUAUUCCUAUGUUCAACAAAUAUAUUUUAUCGAAAAUGAAAUUAAAAUAAAUAAUAAUAAUAAAUUAUUAAAAUAUAUUGAAAAAUAUAAAACUAUAUUAAAUAAAUUAGAAACAAUCGAUAAUAAAAAUUUACAAUAUGAUUUUCUCUUAUCAAAACUUGAUCGUUUAUAUGAAAUCAUAACGAACAAUUAUCAAAUUAAACUUCCUAAUAAUAAUACAAAUAUUGAAUCUAUACGUAGUACAUUAAAUAAUAUAAGAAAAACGAUUAAGAAAGAAUUACAAAUGUUCGAUAUAACCAGAAAUGAUUUAUUACGAAAACUGAAUGUACUUAACAAAAAAGAAGAAUUGAAACAACGUACAAAAAUAACUAUUAACCAAGAAGAAUCUCAAUUGAGUUCACUCAAUGCAUACAUUCAACAAUCAAUAAAUGAAUCAAUGAAUAUUCAUCAUGAAUUUUAUGCAAUAAAAAUUCAACAAAUUACUAAUGAUUUGAUGUCUAUGUUUCAUAUACAAUCUUUACCUCAAAUGAAUUUAGUUAAUAAAACAUUGGAACAUUUAGAAAGUUAUAUUGAAAAUUUGAAUAAACUAAUGAAUGAUAAUGAAAUUAAAUUAAAAUAUGUUGCGGAAGAUCUACUUGCUACACGAAAAUAUUCAAUGAUUGACAGUCUUGUUCGAGAAGAAUUUGAAGAUUUAAUAAUGCAACAAAAUAAAUUAAUACAUUAUCAACAAUCGAUUAUUAAAAUGCGAGCAAUAGCAACUGAAGCAUUCAAUCAUUUUCAAUCAUUAGAUAUUUCUAAUUCGGAAAAAACGAAUAGUCAACAAAAAUUUAAAGAUUUUAAACAAAGAGCUAUGGAAACAAUUAUUCAAUCUAUCGAAUAUGAGAAUUCAUCUAAAUGUGUAUCACCUCAUCUAUUAUUAUUACAUAAAUUUACUUCUGGACAAGAAUUAAUACCUGCGAUAACAUCAUCUUCGACUAAUCUGCUUCAAUUAGAAACAAAAGCACAUGUUGAUCAAGAAUUAUCAUUUCAAAUUUUUCUUCUUCAAAGUCAAUCAUCGGCUAGUUUUCAAAAAGAUUCUAUCGAACAAUAUGCUUCAUUAGAUUUAAAAACUCAAAUAUUACAUAUAGAAAUUAUGUACCUUCAGAAACAACAUGCUGAAGCUAUUGCUGUUGGUGAUUUUAGUCAACAAUUAGCAGCUGAACAAAUUAUUUCUACUAAACUGCAACUGAUUAAACAAUCUCAAAUAGAAAUUCAAGAUAAUUCAUCAAUGACUAAUCGACAAUCAGUUAAAUAUAAUAAAUCGAAAACUUCAAUAAUAUCAACAAGUAUUAGUCGUAAAUCUCUUCCAACAAAUGAAACUGAUGAACAAAUAAGUAAACUUUUAAAAAAUCAUAUUAAAAAUUUACAAACGCGCAUUGACAAUGAUGAGUCAAAACUUUCUUCUAUUGAAGAUUUUCGUCAAUUAAAUAAAAAUUUGAAAAAAUCUCGUCAAGAAAAUAAUCGUGAAAAACAAAUUGAUAUACAAUUACAAAUUCUAAAUAAAAUUAAUGAAUCAAUCAAUCCAGAAAUCUUACAAAAUCUUCGUCAACAUCUUCACGAAGAACAAUCGUAUCAUAAAUCUCAUGUUUUACAAUUACCAUAUUCCGCUGUAGUAGAACAAAGACAAAGUACAAGUAUUUCAGAACCAACAAAACAACUUGUUACUGGUGAAUUAAUACCACAGAUUGAUUCAAUAGAACGAAUAAAAACGUCGUUUGUAACGACUGAUUCGAAAGAAUUAUAUCAAACAUUACAGAAAAUGAAAUAUUCUAUCGAAAUAGCUUUGGAAGGUACGCAACAAACAUCGAAUAUUGAAGAUAGAAAAUAUCCAUUAUCAGUACCAAAACCAGUAAGAAGUGGCAUAUCAAUCGAACAUGAUGAAGAACAUGCCAGAACAGAUGAUAUCCAUAUUAUUCGUAUUCCGACUCAAAGUCAAUUGCAAUUGGAUUCUACUGAAGGAACAUACAGUUCAUUAGUUUCUACAAAUAAUAUUCUUGAUUCAACAAUUAUCUCUCCUUUGGAAGACAUUGAUAUCAUUACAUCCGAUCAUAAAAAAUUGUUAGUAGUAGGAAAUGCUAAAAAAUAUUCAAUUCUACAUAAAAAAGCUAAUGAUCGACAAAUGGCUACUACAACGCAACGGUCUAUUAUUCAAACACAACGAGAAUACGGUGAAGUUUAUACUCGAAAUCGAGUAGAUUUUUUUCAAUAA